AGAUCUCUCGCCCAUCCUCAGCUCAGAGAUCUGAAGUGUGUGUGCGCGUGUGAGCGUUUGAGCACGCGCAUGUGUUUUUCCUGACCAAAUCAGGCAGUGUUUUACUCCCCAGGAUUAAGAGAACUCAUCGUUUUACCUACAAUCUACUCUCUGCUUACAUGCCAUGGAGCGGAUGGAGCUGAAGAAAGUGAUUACUGAGGCCGAUGAUGACAGCAACGACAGCCUGGACGAGUGCUACUCCGGGCCCAUCAGCUCAGAGAAGAGCCCCAUGAACAGCCAGUAUCUUGAAGAGGAUGCCGAGAGUCAGAAGUUUCUCACAAAUGGAAUAAUGAAGAAGUUUGAGGAGUAUCAUGAAGAAUAUCACCCAGGUCACGCCUCUGUUGGGAUGUCUGUGUUUAACCUCAGUAAUGCCAUCAUGGGAAGUGGGAUCCUGGGCCUUUCCUUUGCCAUGGCCAACACUGGAAUCAUCCUCUUUUCUGUUCUCCUCUUUGGUGUUGCCAUUCUGUCACUCUACUCCAUUCACCUGCUGCUUGUAACAGCUAAAGAAGGAGGCUCCCUUAUCUAUGAAAAGCUGGGUGAAAGGGCUUUCGGCUGGCCAGGGAAAAUUGCAGCGUUUGGGUCUAUAAUCAUGCAGAAUUUUGGAGCCAUGUCCAGCUACCUGUUCAUCGUGAAAUACGAGCUGCCGGAGGUUAUCCGAGCCUUUCUGGGACUAGAGGAGAGCUCUGGCGAGUGGUACCUGAACGGGAAUUACCUGGUUGUAUUUGUGUCUGUUGGAAUCAUCCUACCCCUGGCUCUGCUCAAGAACCUGGGCUACCUGGGCUACACCAGUGGCUUCUCUCUCUCAUGUAUGGUCUUCUUUCUGGGCGUGUUGAUUUAUAAGAAGACCCAGCUCCCCUGUCCUUUGCCAUUCUUCUUCCACCACUCGGCUAAUAUGAGUCUAAACGGCUCGGAGCUGAUGAAUCCGAAUGUGUUGCAUAACCACUCAGCUCUGAUGGAGUUCUCUCGAGCAGACAUGAACAGCGGUCACCUGGAGCCCCAUUCUUCUGCUUCACCCAUCUCUGGCGUCCACUACACCCCUCACCCAGACGACUAUGAGGACAUGUGCACACCUAAAUACUUUGUGUUCAACUCCCAGACUGCAUAUACUAUUCCUAUUCUAGCUUUUGCCUUUGUGUGUCACCCAGAAGUCCUUCCCAUUUACAGUGAACUCAAAGAUCGCUCUCGGAGGAAAAUGCAGAAUGUAUCUAACUUGUCAAUACUGGCAAUGCUGACCAUGUACAUGCUCUCAUCCCUGUUUGGCUACCUCACGUUCUACGACAACGUGGAGGCAGAGUUGCUGCACACCUUUACCAAGGUUUAUAAGUUUGACACUAUGCUUCUGUGUGUGCGUCUUGCCGUGCUGACAGCAGUAACGCUCACAGUUCCCAUCGUCCUCUUCCCUAUUCGCUCAUCUAUCAUUACGCUGCUCUUUGCUGGGCGAGAAUUCAGCUGGAUCCGACAUAUCCUCAUUGCCGCCGCCAUCUUGUUUUUCAAUAAUCUUCUCGUCAUCUUCGUCCCGACAAUCAGAGAUAUUUUCGGCUUUAUAGGCGCCUCUGCUGCCACCAUGCUUAUCUUCGUCCUACCUGCUGCCUUCUACCUGCGCCUAGUGAAGAGCGUACCAUUCAGAUCCACCCAGAAGAUAUCAGCAACCAUUUUCUUGAUAGUGGGCAUUAUCUUCAUGAUUGGCAGCUUGACUCUCAUCAUUCUUGACUGGAUCCACAAUCCUCCUGGAUCUGGAGGCAGCCAUUAAACUCCUGUGCCUGACAUCCUCAAAAAUGCAGACUGAGGGCUAUUAUAAGCAUAUGAUGUGACGGACACACUGCCAAUCAGCCAAUGAGAUCUCCUUUUCUCUCUACGUUUUUACAUUCUCCCGAUGUCGUCACAGGUCGUCUUUUAAUACUGAGCAUACCGUAAUCUUAGCAGAUGUAGUCACGAAACUCAAGCCAUGCCGAGAGCAUCAGUGUUUGGCACUAAGAUUUAGAAGAAAAAGAGAAGCAAAAAAAAAAAGUAUGAAUUGGCUGCCUGAAAAGGCUGCCAUGGUGUUUCAGGAGGUCAUUCUCAUGAUGGAUAAAGAGCACAUCUAGAUCGCGUUUUAAAAAAUUUUUAUGUAUGUUCACAGACAGGCACAAUCGGCACAAACAAGCAUGCUAAACAGCACUAGUUUAUCUCACUGGCACUAAUAGAUGAUUGUAAGCAUCCGAGAGCAUUUUGUUUUUCAGUGUGGGAUUUCUCUUUAAAAAAAAAAAAUUGCAUUUUAUUUGUUUUAUUUAUAUAUAUAUAUAUAUAUAUAUAUAUAUAUAUAUAUAUAUAUAUAAAGAAGAAGAAUAGCCAUCUGAUCAAAUAGCAUUGAUUUUCAGGGUUUUAAGAUGUUAUUGUUUCCAACUCCGGACAAAAAGUUUCACAAGUGGACAAGCUGACGAUAAUAUGACAUUAGUCAUGAUGCACGUACAGUUUCAGGAUUCUGUCGAGUGUCCUGCAAUUUCCUUUUAUUGCGUUUACUGUUGUUGCAUAACGCAUGAACAACACUUCUUCUGCAAAUGACCUCGAUGCAAGAUGAUGUGAAGUUAUUCGAUUAAGUCACACCGAAUGUAGGUCCUUGGGAAUCUUAUCCCUAAAUGCUGAGUGUGAAUCCUAAACAUCUGGAUUCAUUCCAGCUCUGAUACCGUUAUACCGCAUCAGCGACGCAUGAAAAUAGGACAGGUGGAUCCGACCAUUUUUGGCUUUCAGUGAAAUCUGAGAGUUUGAUGCCAGAUCAGGCUUCAUGGUAUUAGUCAUCAGCGACUACACAGGUCAGCAGUACACUUCAGUAACGCUAUUGCUCCGAUCAGGAAACCCCACAAUGAGAGAGUAAAUACUGUUACAGCAGGCUAGAUGAAUGCUGUUGCAUUAGCUGUACAGUGCAGUACAGUGCAAAAUGCUGAAGUAAACAUGAAUCGCCCGUACGCUUAUGCUGGAGUAAUUUGCUGAAUUGGUGGUACUGCUGGUAGUGGCGUGCUGUGAAUCAGGGCAGCUUUCACAUCUUGAUGCUGAAUCUUUAUUCUUAUAUUCCCAGAUAUUGAAAAUGUUGUAAAUGGCUUAAGUGUCUUCUUACUUCGUCUUGAUUCAAUAAUCAUAUCUUUAGUUUUAUGAUGUCCUGUAAAAAUGUGGUUUUUCCACAGUUUUGCAUGAUAGAACAAUAUCUGUUUGUCCCACCCAUAUUUCUUCAUCACGCCAUGCCGCUGUAAAGGUGUAUUAGUCAUGUCUGAAUAGAGUUGCGUCCUUGUUGAGAGGAAUCCAGAGACCAUUAGACAAACCGAACACUGCUAAUUUCACUAUUUUGUAGAUAUUGUUUUUGUUAUUGUUCCUAUCCAGCCAAAGUGGACAGUAUUUAUAGAUCGUUUGUUGAUCUUCAUACACAUGGACAGAUAUUUCAAAUGAAAUGGUAUAUUUUGUGCAUGUUUUGGAUCAUGGUCUUUUUUGACAAUUGUAUAUUCUUUGUAAAUAAUCUGCUAUAAGGUACACUUAGUUUAUUCAGGGCAAGGAGGGAUAUCAUCUCAAGCAUUUACUGAUCUACUUAAGUUCUAUUUGUUACUUGACUUUCUUUCUUUCUUUCUUUCUUUCUGAGCUUGCUUUGUAAAUUUUGUGAGAAGAAAUAAUAUUGUAUUUCUAUUUUUUAGUGUCCUGCUUGGCUGUUUUUAUGAAUGAACAAAAAACUAAAGUAUUUUUAAUGCUACUUGUUUCAGUUCAUAAUGAUACAUAACAGAAGCGUGGAUGGCUAUAUUGCGUAUGGCUGAGGAUCAUCUACUGCGCUUCCUUCAGUCCUUUUUGUACACUUUUUUUGUACAUCCUAUAAUACCUUGAUGUAUCAUGGGGCAGGGUCCAGUCCACCUGUAAAAUGGUGGAUAAACACUGAUUCUUUUUGCUCUCUGUAAGUCAGGGCUGUAGUCAGUCAUGUUUUACACACUUUUGUGUGUGCUCAGUAUCUGAUGUCACUAUCAUGCUGGAUGGGCUUUAGCUCUGUGCCUUGACUGUUCCUCAGGUAUUUUAAAGGAAAUCAAGCUUAAUUUGUGGAGGGGUCCCAUACUGUAGCACAGAAAGCUUAAACCUAGAAGCCCCUCUACAAGUGAAGCUCAACCCCACAGCUAGAGCUCUACUUGUCUUGCCAACUGUUCUACCUGAGUGCCAUCUGAUCCACAAGGAGCAGUUGCAUGCUAUUAGCCAAGCUGGCUCUGCUUGCUGUGGAUCAACCAUACAUGAUUUGCAUAUUUACUGUCAAAGGGUGUUUUUGUAUCAUUGAAAGUGUUUCAAUAAUGUGUAAUAUAAAAAUAAAAAAGAGGAACAAA